GCUGUUGCUUUGCUGUUGGCGGCCCAGCUCGUGGCACGUUUCAUGGCUUGAAGCUACCGUGUUGGCAACAGUUGGAAUCAGUGCAACGGUGACUCUUGAACGGUAAUGUUGACUUAGCGGUUGAAACGAAACGUGAAAUUAUUUACUUUUAUUAACUACACACCAAACGUAAUAAAUACCGUAAAUUGCAUACAAAUUGGUGAAUAUAAAACUUUGGAAGGGACAAAGCGGCCAAAGCAUUAAUAAAGUGCCAACAAAAAAUAGGCGAUUGAUUGAAAUUAAAAAUAAACGGCAAAAUGCUUCCGCUUCCGCGAGGAGCGGUUUGGCAAACCCUCUUCCUACUAUGUGCGGUGCUUUUCAUAAAUGAGGUCCGUUCGGAAGGCAGAGUCGUUUGCUACUACACCAAUUGGAGUGUCUACAGACCAGGCACAGCGAAAUUCAAUCCACAGAACAUCAAUCCAUAUUUGUGUACACAUUUGGUGUACGCUUUUGGUGGAUUCACAAAAGACAAUCAGAUGAAACCGUUCGAUAAAUACCAGGAUAUAGAGCAAGGCGGUUAUGCGAAAUUCACCGGCUUGAAAACGUACAACAAGCAAUUGAAGACCAUGAUUGCCAUCGGUGGCUGGAAUGAGGCCUCAUCACGUUUUUCGCCGUUGAUGGCCAACCCGGAGCGACGACAGCAAUUCAUUAAAAAUAUUUUGAAAUUUCUACGUCAGAAUCAUUUUGAUGGCAUCGAUUUGGAUUGGGAGUAUCCGGCACAGCGUGAGGGUGGCAAGCCGCGUGACCGCGAUAAUUAUGCGCAGUUUGUGCAAGAGGUGCGCGCCGAAUUCGAACGUGAGUCACAGAAGACCGGACGUCCACGUCUGUUGCUGACAAUGGCGGUACCAGCCGGCAUUGAGAACAUCGAGAAGGGUUACGAUAUACCCAAACUGAACAAGUACCUUGACUGGUUCAAUGUGCUCUCUUACGAUUUUCAUUCAUCGCACGAACCAUCGGCUAAUCACCAUGCUCCCUUGUAUUCGCUGGAGGAAGAGUCCGAGUACAAUUAUGACGCAGAGUUGAAUAUUGAUUAUUCUAUCAAAUAUUAUUUGAAAGCUGGGGCUGACCGCGACAAGUUGGUGUUGGGCAUACCCACAUACGGACGUUCUUACACGCUUAUCAAUGAGGAGAGCACGGAAAUUGGCGCGCCAUCCGAGGGACCGGGUGAACAGGGUGAUGCUACACGUGAGAAGGGCUAUUUGGCCUACUAUGAGAUAUGUCAAAAUCUGAAAGAGGACCCUGAGUGGACCGUCGUGCAGCCGAAUCCCAAUGCUAUGGGUCCAUACGCCUACAGACGCAAUCAAUGGGUUGGCUAUGACGAUGAAGCGAUUGUGCGUAAGAAAGCGCAAUAUGUUGUCGAACAAGGCUUGGGCGGCAUUAUGUUUUGGGCCAUCGAUAACGAUGACUUCCGCGGCACUUGCACUGGCAAACCCUAUCCACUGAUAGAAGCAGCUAAGGACGCUAUGCUCGAGGGAUUGGGACUUGGGAUAAACGAGGUCGCUAAGCCGAAUUCGCCCAAGAAGCCUUCACGUUCACGCAGUCGUGAGAAUUCGUCAUCGAAAUUAAAUCGCAUUGGUGGCAGCAGUGAAGGUAAGGGAUCUGCGAGUCGCACGACUUUGAGUAGUGGACGUCGUCGUAUACAAUCUACGACUACGACAACAACACAGGCACCUGAGACCACAAUAAGAUUGACAAAUCCUGAAGGUUCUUCAUUGUACAUUGGCGGUCGCGUAACAACACCUGCACCACCUACUACGCCUGACCCGGGAACUGACUUCAAGUGCGAAGAAGAAGGGUUCUUUCAACAUCCACGUGAUUGUAAGAAAUACUAUUGGUGCUUGGAUAGCGGCCCGUCUGGCUUGGGCAUUGUGGGACAUCAGUUCACUUGUCCAUCAGGACUGUAUUUCAACCCGGCCGCAGACUCAUGUGAUUUUGCGCGUAACGUACCCUGUAAAACGAAGAAAGCCACAACCGCUGCCCCCAUAAGCAGUACAACGACAACAACCACUACACCACGUCCUACAGUUUCCAUCAAUCGCAUAUCGGCCGCCACUUCGCGCACAUCUUUCUUCAGAACCACCACUACGACCACUGCAGCUCCAGAAGAGUAUGAAGAUGAAGAGGAGGAGGAAGUAGAAAACGCACCAGCACAUACUAAAGAUAGAGAUGCCGAAGAAGAUCCUCAGGUUAUAAAAGAACUCAUUGAACUCAUACGCAAAGUGGGUGGUCUUGAGGAGUUAGAAAAACAUUUACACCACAAAGAUGAUGGCACAAUUUCAAUCAAAGGUGGUUCCAGUGAAGCAGGUGUUGCUACAACACCAACACCGAUUAGCAAAAAUCUCUACGACAAAGUGCUGAGCAAACCCAACACAUUCAACUCGUUCCGCAAUCGCUUUACAUCAUCAUCGCUAUUUAGAAAAUCUGGUCAAACAAAGACGGAAGAGUCGACGAAUACUAAAUUGGAAAGCGAAGAGUCGCAGUCUAGCGAAGGUGCCAGCAGCAGCGGUUACUCCAAAUAUUCGUCUGUGGUGCGCGGUAACAGCAGACAGGGUCCACAAAAUGAGGGACUUGAUAAGUUGACCGAGUUCGAUGGUUUUCUGAAAGAAAAGAAACAGUAUGUAACAAUAAACAGGCACAGAGGUGCAUUUAGAGGACAAGAAGAUGAAGAUGAAGUGGAAGAACGGCAAACGGCUGAAGAAGUAAAUGAGAAUGCUGAAGGGGAAGAAUUGAGUAGUAGCAGGAAAACCACAAAGCGUCCAACAAAUACAAUCACACCAUCUUAUGCCAGCAUAAAACGAACACGACCAACAACUCUUCGUACCGAAACGGAUGACGAAGCUGAAGGAAGUGACGAAGAGGUGAAAACAGUGAAAGAGAGUGAAGAGAGGCGCACAUAUACCUCAUUAAAUCGGAAUCGUGGACGGUUUACCACCACUGAAAGCAGCGCGCCAGCCGAGGAAGUUGUAACUAAUACAAAUAGGUAUAAAUAUCUGGAGCGUACGCGUCCCACAAACAGACUACAGACAUCGGCCAGCAGUCAGGAUGACGACGAGGAGGAGCAAGAGGAUGAACAAAAUGUAACGGUACAAUUAAAUGGGGCUGCAUUAGAUUCCACACAAAAAUCAACACAAACCACAACACGCAUCUAUGCGAAUAUAGGUCGUCGUACCACCACCACCACACCAACAACAGAGACUCCAAUCACCACCCAAGAAACUCCAACCAGAUACAAUUUAUUAGAAAACAGUUUUAACAACAACAACGAAACACCUGAACCAAUUUUACCAACUACUACUACCACUGUCACAACAGCAAAUGACUCACCCGCCCUAUCCAUAACCAUUAAAAAUACUAAUCCCCAACUCAUACCCAUUGCUACAAAACAAACCAUUACAACCACAUCCCAACCCAUUAUAUCCACAACAAAUGCCGCCGCUACCACAACAACAUCAAAUGAUAUUGAACUAACCGAUACCAAAUCCAUUGUAACCACACUCCCAUCAAACUUUGAGUCUGACUCAAAGGAUGCCUUAGACCUUUCGCUCGAUGUGAAUUCCCUUAUUGAAAAAUCUGCCUUAAGUCCCAACGAAAGUCCAAAGGAUAUAGAGCACGCUGAGACUACAACGGCUAGAACAACGAAACCAACAACAACGACCGAAACACUGACAAGCACCGCAACCGGUGACGCUACUACAGCCACCUCAACUGACACUGACCAAAAUUCCAAUGGCGAUGAGGUAACGAAUUUAAAUAAUAAUCGCACAAAGACACAAUAUAAAUUCAUAACAAGAACACGAAAUGUUACAAAAGCAACUACAGCUACAACAACAAACACUGACAUAGCCACUGAAAAUGAGAGUGAAAACAACAAAAUUUUCAAAGAAACCAAACAAACUAGUCUAAAAACGGGUAGUAGUAGUAGUACCGAUGAUAAGCUAAGUAGUAAUAUUAGAGGUAAUACCGUUAAAUAUUCUGGUGGUAGAAGACAACAACAACAACAACAAACCAGCGAGUUACUAACUCGUAACAAUCAAAUACAAAAUCAACAGACAGAUUCCACAACGGAUGCCACAAACAGCAUAACAACUACCGAGCCAACACCCACUAAUGAAUUCCUGGGCACCAUAUCUAGCCCUAGACCCUUCGGUUAUCCCAGGCGUCGUACGCGCCCGAAUAAUACCCAACCAACCAACAACAAUGCUGAUACACAAACUACUACUACCGAGAGUUCAGAAGAUGAACCAACAAACAUAGUUAAGACGAGGUUAACGGCGACAAGUGCCUCCAAAAAUAAGGUGAGUUCCAAUUCAGAUGUGUUGCAAGUACAAAACGGAUUGGAAACAAACGCAGAUGAGGGCAGCACUACGCGCACCCUUACACAAACGAAAAAAAUGCACACACACACGCAUGUUGUAGAUGUAGUAGACGGUGUUAGUGGUGUAAAUACAAAUCAUAGUCUAAGGCAUGUUGUAGAUAGCAAUUCUAGCUUAAGUAUAAACGAUAAUACACUUUCAGCACAAGAAAAGAGUGACAGUCGAGCGAGUGUCGCGUCCGCUGAGUCGCAAAAGAGCGAGCUCGAAAGCAAACGCGCACAAUUAACGAAUACAUUGUUAGAAAACAAAAGUAGAGUUAGUGUUACACAGCUGAACGCUUUGACGACAAAUAGCAAAGACGAGACGCUAAAGGCAAGUAAGUAUCGCGGUAAAAGUUUGACAACAGAAACGGAAACAGAAACAGAAACGGCGAAUGCGGCGAACUUCCGUAGUCGUGGCUUGAAGAUGGUAAGCGAAGAAAAGGAAGAGGUGAAAGUCGCAAAUGCAGGCAACGUAUCGGUUAGUAGUGUCGAAAGCAACGCUGCAAAUCAUACGACCACGACAUACACCACGGUGGUCAGUGAUGACGGUAAAGCAAACAUAACAUCGACAGUGACCACACAUGCUAACGAAACCACCAUCACUGACGAAGGUAACGGUAUGGUGAAAAUACAAACGGUCUAUACAACAAUCAUGGACGCCGCUGAAACGAAGCAGCAUACAGCAAACGCCGAUGAACACUUAACGGCAGUAAACAGUAACGGUAGUGCUGCGAGCCACAGCAAUGUUGGCAAAACAUACACCGCUAUCAAUAGAGGUCGCACGCAAACGCAUGAUGCGAAACUAUCUGAAAGCCACACUGCAACCGACGAUGAUUUGGGCACUAAAAAUUCGACCACUGUCGAAACGCUGGCCGAUGGCAGUGUUGUACGUAAGACAGUUUAUACCACGCGAAUGAAUGAUGGCAGCGGUAAAAUCAUCACCACCAUAGUUGAGGAGACUAUAACCACGCGCACGAAAGUCGAAAACUACGAAGCUGCGAACCAUGGCGAGAGCGAGGGCGGUGAGCGCAAAUAUCAAACAAUAGCUCGUCGCACAGAGAACACGCACGACCCCACCACUGAGACCAUACAUUAUAACACCAUUGUGCGAGGUACUGAUGGUGUAAAGCUAAACGAAGACCAAACUUCGUCGUUCUAUCGAAAUCUCGAGGAAGUUGCAAAGCAAGCGGAACAAAGUCGCAAUCGCAUAUACCAGGGUAUAUCGCGUGGCGGCAAAAUCACAAAGACCACGAGUGAAGACGAGGUUGUGAGUGGUGUAGUAGAAAGUGAGGGGUCUGAACGUGGUGCAAGUAAGUACCAUACAAUAAAUCGUGAGCAUACCACAAGUGGGCUUGAAACAAGUACCGUUACGACAAAUCAGCGCGGAAAUAGUCGUUUCACUGAAAAAACAAGUAAGAACACAAGUGGUGGUUACGUUAGUGAAAGCCUUUCGAAAGAAGAAGAGAUGUCGGGAUUGGAGGUAACUGAAGCCAAAAGUAAAGACUAUACAGCUAUUACGAAUGCAAAUGACAAGAAUAAGGCGUCGAGGUUUUCUGGUGCGUCCGUUGAUGGUUCCUUAGAAGUAGAAAACACGGCCACCGAGAUUAUAGAUGAUGAAAAGAUCUUCUCUACACCGAGUUUGGCAGCAACUAACAGCAAAAGUGACACCACUACUGUUGAAGUUAGCACUGCGUUACCAGAAAUUGAAGCUAGUAAAACUACUAACACUAAAGCUCGUAGCAGGCUUGAAAUUCAGGAAACUUCGUUAUCAACUUCUUCCAAGCCCGAGCUAUCAUCUCACAGCGAAACAAUUACACGGCACAAAGCAACAACUUCGAAUUCCGCAGUAAAAACUGUGGAAAGGUCUAGUGAUACUACUACAACCAAUACUCCAGAAACAACGACACUUUCAGAAAUUGCAGAAAAUACGACUACGUCUUCUACAGGAAGCGAUUCAGCCGCUAUCAAGAAAACCAUAACACGACACAGAGUAGAAAAAACUUCGGAAAAUACAGAGAAACAGUAUACAGAAGCAAAGCAAAAAGUACAUGGCAGACCAACUACAACACAAGGUCCACAUACUACUACACAAUCGGCAAAUGAAGAUACCACAAUAACAGCAACAGAGUCGAACUUCAAAAUACGUGGUAGACCAACUAAAACUAACGUUCCACAAACAACAACCCAAUCGGCAAAUGAAGAGUCAACAAUAACAGCAACUGAAUCGAACUUCAAAGUACGUGGUAGACCAACUGGAACUCACGUUCCACAAACUACAACCCAAUCGGCAAAUGAAGAAACCACAAUAACAGCAACUGAAUCGAUCUACAAAGUACGUGGUAGACCAACUGAAACUCACGUUCCACAAACUACAACCCAAUCGGCAAAUGAAGAAACCACAAUAACAGCAACUGAAUCAAACCUCAAAGUACGUGGUAGACCAACUACAACCCCAGUACCAGAAACUACCGUUCAACAAAAAAUUGAAGAAACUACAGUAGCAUCCUCUACUACAACUGCUGCAGCAGAAACCACAUCACAACUGACAAUUGAAGAGACCACAGAGGUAGUAUCAACAGAAGCCGCUAUAAUCUCGUCGAAAAAUGAAGCCACUGUGUCUACAGCUCUUCCAGAAAAUGCAUCAGCUGCCGAAACAACAACAUCUUUAUCUUCUGAAAUCGAAACAACUGUAGUUCCUGAAACGACCACAUCCAGCUCCUCUGCUAACAAAGCAACAUCAACCCGUCACAGAGUUACAUCUUCAUCUGAAGUUACAGAGAAGCACGGGGCUGACACUGGGAGCAAAGCACCAGCUGCCGAAACAACAACAUAUAUUACUUCUGAAAUCGAAACAACUGCCGUUCCUGAAACGACUAUAUCCAGCUCUUCUGUUAACAAAAUAACAUCCACUCGUCACAAAGUUGAAUCUUCAUCUGAAGGUACAGAGAAGCGCACAGCUGGUACAGGUUUCACAGCUCAGAGCAGAGCACCAACUAUUGAAACGACAACAUCUAUCGAUUCUGAAAUCGAAACAACUGUUGUUCCUGAAACGACCAUAUCCAGCUCUUCUGUUAACAAAAUAACAUCCACUCGCCACAAAGGUGGAUCAUCAUCUGAAAUUACAGAGAAGCACAUGGCUGAUACUUGGAGCAAAGCACCAGCUACCGGAACAACAACAUAUAUUACUUCUGAAAUCGAAACAACUGCCGUUCCUGAAACGACUAUAUCCAGCUCUUCUGUUAACAAAAUAACAUCCACUCGUCACAAAGUUGAAUCUUCAUCUGAAGGUACAGAGAAGCGCACAGCUGGUACAGGUUUCACAGCUCAGAGCAGAGCACCAACUAUUGAAACGACAACAUCUAUCGAUUCUGAAAUCGAAACAACUGUUGUUCCUGAAACGACCAUAUCCAGCUCUUCUGUUAACAAAAUAACAUCCACUCGCCACAAAGGUGGAUCAUCAUCUGAAAUUACAGAGAAGCACAUGGCUGAUACUCGGAGCAAAGCACCAGCUACCGGAACAACAACAUAUAUUACUUCUGAAAUCGAAACAACUGUCGUUCCUGAAACGACCAUAUCCAGCUCUUCUGUUAACAAAAUAACAUCAACUCGUCACAAAGGUGGAUCAUCAUCUGAAAUUACAGAGAGGCGCACAGCUGGCACAAGUUUCACAGCUCAGAGCAGAGCAACUACAACGUCUGUUCCAGAAACUACUGAAGAAACCACAUCAACUGAAAACUAUUCAACAUCCAAAAAGACUAUUACGCGUCAUAGAGUUGGUGGAUAUAUCGAACACAAGGAGAAUGGCUCCACUGAAGCUAUACACAAAGUUCGCGGUAGACCAACUACGACUGUUGCUCCAGAAACCAUAGAAACUGCCACGAAUAGAAGAAUCAUUACGCGACACAGAGUUGGAACCUCAUCCGAGAAAACUGAAGAGAUUGUAACAGAUACCAAAAUCAAAGUACGUGGCAGACCAACUACAACUGUUGCUCCAGAAACCAGUGAAACUCCCAAGAAUAGAAGAAUCAUUGCGCGACACAGAACUGAUACCUCCUCAGAGAAAACUGAAGAUAAUUCAACUGAAACCAAAUUCAAAGUACGUAGUAGACCAACUCCUGCUCAUUCAGAAGAAACUACUUUGUCUAAUAGUGAUACCGUUACUAAUAAGAGAACAUUUACACGCCAAAGAAUCGGCACAACCACUGAAACUGUAGACGAAAGCUCAACUGCGAUAAAAUCGAAGGUACGUGGCAGACCAACUACAACGGCGUUACCAGAAACUACUGUCAUUCCAGAAGAAACCACUACAAAAGCAACAACCACUACGGCUACUCCAGAAACUACAAUUAUUCCAGAAAUAAGUGUAACUACUGUCGCAAUCUCUGCAGAAUCUUUGACAUCAGACAACAUUGACACAACAUCCGUAGAAUCUAAAUCUGAAACCAAACUAAGUACCACGGAAACGCCAAUAACUACCAUUGCACCCGAGAUAAGUGAAACAAGUACUUUAUCUUCCAGUCACACAGAUAAUACAGAAGCUCCAACUACCAGUGAAUCUAGUACGAUUACCAUUUCGACAGAGACAACUACAACACCUGUACCAACGAGUACUUCAGCACCAAUACAGACUGCAACAGCACAUCUCUCUGAAAGUGUAACAACCGUGUCUCAAGACAGUAUUACCAGUACCGAAAGUAACAAAGAUUUAUCAACCCCCACUGUCGCAAUCACCGAAACCGAGCAAUCCAUUACGGAAAGUGCGACAAUAAAAACUAUUCCAAAGAGCUUCAAAGGAAUUAAUCACUCUUUCAGAGGCGCUUCUUCGACGAAAACAAAACUCAGUACUAAAGAACACGAAGCGACCGCCGAUAAUGUUAACACAGAGGUUCGUGGAAGUAAAGCUCGUGCACAGACCACACGUGGUUAUGUACUGAAGAAUAGUGAUCAGGUCUCAACUUCAUCCAUUGAAACAGCUUCUAAUCGCAAGACAGCAAGUCACACUUAUAGCGCAAAUGAAAAAUCAGCUUCCACCACCAGAAAGUCAAAUAGGAAAGAGGAAAGUGAAGACAUUGAGACCCAAUCAACAACUGAAACACCACAGCGACGCACGACCUACCGUGGCACCUACCGACCACGCACGGACAAAGACGAUCUGUCCUCUUUAUUAGCGCUUGACGUGAAUAAACAUCGGCCUUACAAUGAAAGCCAAUAUAACCUUGGUAAGCGUAUAUACUUGGAUGGAAUAUACAAAGGGGAUGAAAAUAGAGCAUCAUUAGGUGAGUGGAGUUCCUAUCAAACAAUUGGCGCACAGUCAGGAAAUGUUGAGACUAACGAACAUGAGAAAUCUCAUAAAGUUAGCGCUGGUGGUGCUACAGCUCAAGAUAUAUCAACAAGAAUUGGCACAACUACGAAUGUAAACGGAAGAAAUGGCACUACCUCCAACAAUAGAAGAACUACUGUAAUUAGAAGAAGAAUAAGUGUUGCUCGAAAUGGUACCAGAAUUAGUAAUAACUCUGUUAUAACUAAUGAAGCCAACGCUAAAUUAGCUGAAGGCUCCGCUGGAAUAAAAACAGUUGGAAAUGUUGAAGAAAAUGGCGACAUUAGUACAACGUUAACAUCUACGCUGAAGAAGACUUUGAAAAUAUCACAUAAUACAGCAGAAAAUUCGAACGAAAACGAUUUCAAGGAUGAACUCGCUGCUGUAAAGUCAACGAGCUUGGAAAGUGAGGGAUCAAUAACAUCAAGCGCUAUCAAAGGAAGCGCUGCAAACGAGAACGGGUCCAGCUCGAGUGAGGGUAAGAUAUUGGCAGAAGGUGCUGCUGUCGUAGAAAUUGAAAAUAUAGCAAAUGAUGCUGGCAACAGUGAAACUACGACUGUCAGCCACUCUACAAAAUACUCUUCAAACAGAUUGAAGGGAAACUCAUCUGCAAGUGGUGAAGACGAAGCAAACUUCAGUGCUUCCAGCAACACUGCAAAUUCAAAAUACUCUUCAAACAGACUCAAGGGAAGCUCAACUGCAAGCGGUGAAGGUGAUGGCAUUAUUAGUACUUCCAGCAACGCGGCAGAUUCAAAAUACUUUUCAAACGGAUUGAAGGGAAGCUCAUCUGCAAGUGGUGAAGACGAAGCCAAAUUCAGUGCUUCCAGCCACACUGUAAAUUCAAAAUACUCUUCAAACAGAUUGAAGGGAAGCUCAUCUGCAAGUGGUGAAGACGAAGCCAACGUUAGUAAUUCCAGAAACACUGCAAGUUCAAAAUACUCUUCAAACAACCUUAGAGAAAGUUCAACUGGAAGUGGUGAAGGUGAUGCCAAAUUCAGUGCUUCCAGCAACACUGCAAAUUCAAAAUACUCUUCAAACAGACUCAAGGGAAGCUCAACUGCAAGUGGAGAAGACGAUGUCGACGUUAGUACUUCCAGCGACACUGAAAAUUCAAGCCAACACAGCACACUUUCCAAAAACAUUAAAUCAGUCAGAACUUCAGAGAGUGACUCCGCAACAUCUGGCGGUACUGCAACAAUCAAAGCCAAUGCAAGUUUGACAACGAAUUCUAAACAACUCAGCCUAUUCGCCAAAAAUAGGAAUGCAUUGAAGACGGAAGAUAAUGGAGCAUCAGCAUCGGAUCAGGAAACUGUUACAGUAGAAGAAGACGGUUCAGCGGAAGUUUCCGAAACAACUACAACCAAGUUGAGUGGUCUUAACAAGGUUAUACAUAAAGAAACGGUUGGUGAAGAGAGCGAAGAUCAAGCGAAUGAAUCAAAUGCUAAUGAGUUGUCGCGCAGCCGAAGUGCAGGCUUUAGAUCAGGCAGCGGUCGUGCUAGAUAUAGCGGUCGCGCACAAUACAGUAAUCAAGGUAGUAGCCGAAAUGUGAAUCGGUUAAAUGCAUCCGAUGGAUAUACAUCAAAAACCGAAUAUGAUGAAAGUGGCAACACCAGGACUCAAACCACUUAUACGCAAACGUAUAAUAACGGAGGCAAUACGCAAAAAACCGUUAAACGUGUACACACAAAGACUGUACAAAAAGUGGAACCGGACUAUGAGGUCGUCUACGAAGUUAUAACUGAGAAGAUACCACCAAGCACACCACGUCCGGUAACACGUAAUCGUGGUGGCGUACGUUUCCGUGAUGCCGAUUUAUCGUCCUUACUAUCACUAGAUUUCGCAGCCAAGUCAAAAAGAAGGCAAGAAGGGGAAAAGACAAUCAUCAAAACUAGAAGGAAAAUAAUCAAAAAGCCUGCGAAGGUAACUGAAAGUGAGAAUGUGGAAGAAUAUGAAUACGAAGAACAGUUAGCAGUGCGACCAGCGACAACCGGACCAACGCGUCCAGUCGCAACUAAAGCAACUACAAUUAUACGUCGAACAAGACCGACAAGACCACUGCGCACGACUACAUCAACAACACAACGAUUAAUAGUUGCUGAAGAGGAGGAUGUAACAGAAGUGGAAACAACGAGUGCAUCCCCAAAACCCACAAUCAAAAAGGGAUUUGCAUUUAAGAGACCAAUAUCCAAACUUUUAACAUCAACAACGACAACAACUGAAAAACCGCUAGCCGAAGAAUCCAUAACUACUACUGCCGCGCCUGCUAUAAAAACAACAAGAAAGGAUUUUGCAUUUAAAAGACCAAUUUCAACAGUAAAAACUACUGAAGAUCCAGCUACAACGACACCGCCCGCAAGUACAGAAACCACGGUACGCUCAGGUUUACGUCGGAAAGUAAUAAAAAUUCAACGACCUUUGAAUAGAGCAAAAUCUGAAACAGGCGUGAAUGUGGAUGAAACAGUUGUAAAGGAAGCCACGAUCGUGACAAGUUCACAGAAGAGCUCACUUUCUUCGACGACAACUACCAGAAAAGCGCCCACAACUACCACAACUGAGGAACCCGUUACAACCACUACAUCCACAACCGAAACAACCACAACUGAGGAUCCCAUUACAACCACUCUAUCCAAAACUGAGAAACCCGUAACUACCACCACCUCCACAACAACCACAACUAAGGAAGAUACCAAAGUAAUAACCACAACGCAGAACGCCGAGAUUGCCGACGAUUCAUUCGAUCUACUCAAGAAACAGUUCUCUAGCGCAAUUACCAAGCUUAGAAAGAAUUCUGAUGAAACUGUUGACUCAAAUGGACAAACUACCCUUCUAACCAAAACUACGACAACAACGACAACUACAAACAAUGAUGGUGGUGAAACUAAAACCAUUACCAAAACAGAAAGUGAGAUUACUGAACAAUCCGUCUCUGAUUUAAAUAACGAACUGAACGAAGCUGGUGAUGACGCUUCACUCUCAUUGCCUAUAUAUCAUCGCAGAAAAUACUAUCAGUAUUAUAAAGACUCGCCAGUAAUUUAUAUUGGUAAGCCACAACCGCCAGCCGCCUCACAAACCAGCAACGUCGAUAUUAAGAAACAAAUACACGAAGUCUUCAACAUAAGUAACGAAGGCAAUACAUCGUUCGCCUCGGAGGAGCUGGACAACAAUAGCGCAGACAUGGCAAUCGCUACAACAGACAAUAGUGAAGGAGAUCAUUUUUUAUUGAAAACCCCCGGGUCAAAGUAUGGGCACCUGGGGGCAAAAUCAAUCGGUACAAAAUUUACUACAUCUGGAGAAGAAAUAAUUGAUGAUCAAAACGCAAAGGCCGAAUUGGAAGAGUUAUUUGCUACAAAAAAUACACAAACAACAACAAACCAAACGGCUAAGAAUUCCAUAACCAACACGAUGGAUGUAAGCAAUAGCAGUACUUCAAAUCGUGUUGGCAAAACUUUUAGAGAACAAAUCUCCACAAUUACAAAACUUUCGACCCUUAAACCCGACUUAGAUUCUGCCCUAACUAACCCCACUACAGAAACAAUAAUAGACAAAGAAACACCCACCAUAAAGAUAACUCUACUACCACAAGAUACCAAACAACGGAACGAAGAUGCACGAGCCUUGCGCAAUUAUGUAACAUUAAACCGCUUGCGUACCACAACAGAAGAAUCGCCAGCCGAAGAAACUACCACAGCAAACAAAGAGACUAAAACAAGACGUGUCUAUGGUGCGCUAAAUCGAAACAAAAUUGUGCAACCGGCGAACAACGUAAUAAAUGAAGAAACUUCUAAAGAUGAAGAACUUAAAGAGCAGUCGUCAAUUAGUAAAGAAGAAGUAGCGAGCUCUCCCGGCCGACGCAACUUUAACCGAUUCAGUAAACUCACCACACGCCUUACAGCGAAAAGACCCAUAAGCGAUAAUUUUAAAGAUGAGACCGUUACUAAUAAUAGAGAGCAAACUACGGAAGAGAUUGAGGUAACACGCGAACCCACUGAGAGCACAACGCGACGUUCCUUAAUUAAAAUUAACCGCACGAAGUUCAGAACUACAGCUAUUAAGACUAAAGACGAAUUGGACGAAAGCAAAGACGAAGAUGUUUUGAGUGCCACAACCACAGCGGUGUCAACUAGUGAUGCUCUGACAAAAACCAUACGUCGACCUCUAAAUAGUUUUUAUAAUUCACGAUUUCGAACAACCACUGUUAAAACUAGCGACGUCGAUGCAGAGAAUGAGGAAAAUAAUGGCGUGGACGAGACAAUUGUCGCCAUAGAUAGCACAACAAGUGAAACUCUAAGAAAAUCCACACGACGACCUUUAAAUAGUAUAUAUAGUUCGAAAUUUAGAACUACAACUGCUAAAACUACAGUAGGGGGAGACGAAAGUGUGGAAGGUGAUGAAACGACUGCUUCAAUUGACGCUCCAACCACCGAACCACUAGAAAAAACUACACGACGGCCACUAAACAUUAUCAAUAGUUCCAAGUUUAGAACUACAACUGCUAAAACUACAAUUGAAGAUAAUGAGAUUGAGGAAAAUAAUAGCCUGGAGGUGACGAAUGCUUCAAUUGAAAGUACAACGAGCGAACCUCUGGCAAUCACAACACGUCGAUCUCUAAAUAGCAUUAACAGUUCCAACUUUAGAACUACAACUGUUAAAAGCAAAGAGCAAAAAGACGAGGAUAAGGAAUUGGCUGAGACGACUGCACAACCAGUUGACAGCACAACCAGCCAAGCUUUGGAAGAAAUCACGCUACGCCCUUUGGACAGCAUCAAUAGCUCCCAAUUUAGAACUACAUCGUCUGUAACUCCAAGCGAAGAAGACCAGAAGGAGCAAAUGGAUGAAAGUACUAGCUCAAUUGACAGCACAACCAGCGAACCUCAUGAAAAACCCACGCAAAGACCUCUGAAUAGUAUUAAUAGCUCUAAGUUUAGAACGACAACUACUAAAACCACUGAGGAAGAAAAGGAGAAUAAGGAAAGUAAUAGUGUAGAGGAUACGAAUGCUUUAGUUCAAAGUACAACGAGUGAAAUGCUGGAAAAAAUCACCCAAGGUCCUUUGAAAACUGUUUAUACUUCCAAGUUUACGACCAUAUCUAAGACAACAGAUGAAGAUGAUGAGAAUGAGGAAAGUAAUAUCACGAAGGAAACGAAUACUGCAAUAGACGUCUCAACAAGAGAACCUGUGGAAAGCACCACUCGCCGCGGCUUUAAUAUUAUCAACAGUUCAAAAACUACAACCGAUAAAACCAGUGAGGCAGAAGUUAAUAGUGACGAAAGCAAUGUUGAGGACGAGACAGCUUCAACUAGUCCACCACCACAAAAAACCACUCGUCGACCGUUAAAUAUUAUUAACAGUUCCCGAUUUAGAACCACAACUGUGAAACCAAAAGGUGACAUUGAUGAAGAUAGUACACCUGAGAUUUUGAUCGAUACUACCACAAGAAAAUCGCUGGAUUCCACAACUCGACGGUCAUACAAUAGCAUUAACCGACUCAAGUUCCGAACCACAACCGCUAAGACUGUGGAUGAACAAGAAGAAGACAGUGAAGAAGAGCUCUUUAAAGAGGAAGCCGUCACCACUACAAGACGUCCUUUACUUACCUUAAACAAGUUUAGAACUAGAACAGAAGCGUCUAUAAAAGAUCAAAACAGUGCAGAGAACAAUAUUCAGGAAGUGGUGAAAACAAAAGGAACCACACGACGACCAUACACAGCUUUAAAUAGAUCAACUGUCAAAACUGGAGUGUCGCAAAACGUGGAGAGCUCAAAUGAACAAAUAGUUGAGGAUGAAAUUAAUACACCAAAACUGAAGAAACUUAAUACAACCACGCCUAAAACGCAGCGUAUUUAUGCAGUAUUAAAUCGCAAGUCUCUUAUAACCAAAACACCAGUUGAUAUCUCACAUGCUGCAGAUUCUCUGAGCAGCGAAAGGUCGACGGAAAGUGAUUACAAGCGAAAUUAUACAACAUUGAAUAGAGUUAGCAAUAAAGUCACAUCCAGCAAAGCGGUCGAAUCAGCCAAUAUUAGCAAUGAACUGGAAGUGGAAGAUGCAGAAAAUGUACAGAACUUUGAAGAUACGACCAAACGUAUAUAUUCCAUAUUAAAUCGGGUUAGUACAACCACUGAAAGUUCAACAGAGAUAACGCCGAAGGAAAGUGAUACAAAUACAACCACGACAGAGAGCUCCGAAGUAGUUCUUAAAAGCGAUGAGUCAGAGCAAACCGAGGAGAACACAACUGAAAUUGUAACCGAUAACGAUAACAGCACUAUCAGCAGCAUUGAAAGUACCGUCGCAAUAAUUACAGAGAGUGGGAACGACACUGUCGCAACGCGUCGACCUGUUUUGAUAAGAAAGCGCAUUUAUGUUACAACUACUACAAGUGCGCCAACGGAAGAAACCACUACUGAAGAAAGCGCCGACAUAACUACGGAAAGCACUGCGCGACGUACUGUGAUUAUUAGAAAACGUAUUCAGAGCACCACACCGCAAACACCCAUCACUGAGGCUGAUGCAGAAGAAACCCACGAUACGACAACUAAGGAAGACACAGCGUCCAAACCUACACGCGUUCCUUUACUGAUACGCAGACGUCUGAAUGCGACGAGCGCCACCACCAUCAAAACUCCUAACAAUUCCGAUGAAACGUCUACGACUGUCGAAACAACAACACGUCGUGGCUUUGCGGGCUUUAACCGACAGCGCACAAGCACAACGGCAGAACUGCCGACGGAGUCGCUAACAAACGUGGACGAUGCCUCAGAAACAUCAACCACUACGAAGAAGUUCGCAUUUGGACAAACAAAUCGACAUCGUGCGCUCUUGUUGCCGACAACUGAGCCAACAACUUCGACUACAGAAGAGAACGAGAGUGAAAGUGCAGAUGUGACGGAACCGACAAAACGUCCAAAGUUUGGUGGAGGUGUCACUCGGAAAUUUGGUACUGGUAGUACUGAAAAUCUGCAGUCAACACCAGUAACGCUAACGGAGGCUACAACAACACGCAGUUUCAAUAUCUUAAACCGCCUCCGUACUACUACAGAAGCGGCAAGCGUAGCGCUGCCAUCGGAAGACAGCGCCGCAGCUGCAACUGACACAACGACGCAUCGUACUUUCGUUGCGUUCAAUCGUGCGAAAACGACCACAUCGACACCUGCUAAAAGCGCAGAAGAUUUGACCACUAAACGUACUUUUAAUAUUUUUGCGCAAAAAACACGCCCAACUACAACGAAACGACCUCGACUACCAAGCAUCAACCGAAGUCUCUACCAAAGAGCUGAAGAAGCAGACGAUAUAGACAACAACGAGUACAGUGAUGACUCUGAAGAGCCACUAAGGUCAAGCAAACCAGCAUUCCAGCGGCCAGGACUAUCGGCUGUCACGCGCCGUCCAUAUAGACCAACAAGCAUCGCCGAUAAAGAAUACUACGAUGAGUAUGAGGAGAUUAAUGAUGAAUACGAUGAAACAGAAAAUAGUGAACGCAAUCGCGCACCAUUUGGACGCUCACAAGCACAACGUCCUACAAACGAACUGCAGAACAGUUUGCAAAACUUAAGAGACCGCGUUAAGUUAAGUCAGACACGGAAUGAUAAUAACGAAGGCGUCGUGAACGCAAGACUUCAACUGCUUGCAGCUAAUAGGGCCAAGACCACUGUGAGACCAACCAGUACUAAGGCUGACGAACAAGACGAAUAUACUGAUGACGAAGACACAAGCGCUGAGCGUGACAACAAUGCACUUAAUGUAAAGAAUAGUAAAAAUAGUUUGUUGGCAAAUCGUAGUAAUACUAACCGUAGCAGCACUCUAGCUAACACUUUAAGUGAAACUAAAAUUAAUAUAAGUCUCAAGUCUAACAACACACAAAUAACCGAUGAACUGAGUAGUCAUGUAGUUAAUGAAGCAGAUCGAGAGGCUGAUAAGCAGUUUGAUAAUGUUGAUUAUGAUAAUGUUAAUGAUGAUGAUGAUGAGAAUAUUGAUGAUGAUGAUGAUGAUGUAGUACCAAGCACUAAUGAUAAGGGUAAUGAAGUUAAUUCUAAACGCCGUUUUCAGAAAUAUCAAUUCAACCGCGCAAGAUACACAACAACAACGACUACUACUACUACUUUAGCGCCAACAACAACAGCAACGUCAACAACGCGUGCCGCUACUAGCCAAUUUACGCUCAAAAAAUUAUACCAGUCGAACAGAAAUAGAACGGCAACAAGAACAAAUCAGGUAAAUGUGUUAGUAGAUGAUAAAGGUGAUGAUGAUGUUGAUGAUGAUGAAGAAGAAGAUGAAGAUGAAGGGGAUUAUAACGAAAGUGAUGUUGAAGAUGAAGUAAAUGAAGACAGCACAAUCACAACUACCGAAAGCACGUUGACCGCUAGUCCAGCUCCCACACUGAGACGUAUACGGGUGUUAAAGUACCGUCGCCCAAUUGGCGUCGGCGACAAUAGUAAUGCUACCUUAAUUAGUUCUAGUGUUAGUGAUAGUAGUAAUUCUACAAUUUCUAGUGUUACUAAUACUACCAACACUGUUAGUGAAAGUUUAGAUACACCCAUUUCGUCCGAACAGCAAGUAGAACGUACUAGAUUAGCACCCUUGAAUUCCACAGACCCUAAUACACAAGAAACCCAAAGUGAAAGUCCCAUAAAUAACGAAACAGUGCCCACAAAACGUUUCCGUAAAGUUAUACGCAAGUUAAUAAGACCAGUGAAUCGUACAACCACCGAAACAACGGUGUCGAGUGAAACUAAAGUCGACGACGAGAUUACAACCGAAAUCACGCCUACAGGCGCGUCACGUAUUAAUGGUACACGCUACGGCUUUGGACGUGGAAAUAGCUUCCGCGCACAAACAGCCGUCGCGGCAGUCGCGCGAGAGAAUGACACAGCUUCCGAGGAUAGCAAGCUCAAUAAAGCGCGCACGAACUUAUUCGGUAAAGGCAUUCGCCCAAGCUUCGGUAAUGGUGUAAAAGUAGGCAGUACAGAAAAGGUGUCCGAAGGAGAGGAGGAGGUGACUGAAAGCGACAUCGAAACGGCAACAGAGAUUGAAGAUUUUACAACGCAAAAGCCACGCGCUGGCUUCAUACGCCCAAAGGCUAAGGAUACCACCACCGUUACAAGUGGCAUUACUCUGCCGACGCGUCGUCCAUUCGUGUUUUCGCGUGCGAGUAGCACAACGAAGGCAACUGCUGAAAAUGAAGAUGGUGACGAGAACAACGAGAACGAAGACGAAGAUGCGGAAGAAGAAGACUAUAAUGAAAACGAUAGUACGUCCACAACGGUUUUGGAGCAAGAUAAAGAAAUAGAGAACAAAGGUCUAAAUAUAACAAAACUUGCUAAACCCAGCGCUAGUAAUGGUACUGAGCAACUGCUACCGAUAGUAGCAACAACGCGUUUGAAGAAGCUACUGCCAGAUGUUAGUGCAACAACUGCAAUAACAACGAAUGAACUUGAAGAGAGCACGGACACGGCCAGUAAUACCAAUGUGACCCCAACUAAGAAUACACUACUCAUUACCAGACGUCCCUUCGGUCUGAUCAACCGCACCAAAGUCGCACAAAGUGAAAGUGAAACAGAAAGUAACACUGAGGAACAGGAUACGGGCGAUACAGCAACCACCAUUAUACCGAGACGUCCUUACAGCCUAGGUUCACGUUUAAAAGUAACAGAAAGUGAAACCGAAAGCCUUACUGAAGAAGAACAAAACAAUGCUGGAGUGACCACGACCACCAUACCGAGACGUACGUUUGGACUUGCCGCACAGGCAAAGGUAAAACAAAAUGAAACUGAAAGUGCUGAUCAAGAAGAAGAACAUGUAGAAGUCACAACGCGGGGCACACCGCUUGUACGCCCAACAUUCCGUAGAAAACUUGUUGCUAGACGUCCAUAUGUGCCACCAAAGGUGUCCGGAAUCACGAUCUCCACUACACUGCCCACUACACCAAAACCGAAACGUAAAUUUGUACGUCGUAAAUUCGGUCGCUUCCAUCCAUUCAACGCCGUGAACCGCAAUACCGGUGAAGGAUUUGUGCGUACAGAUCCACGCGGUCAAUUGCUGCCUGCUAAACGAUUCCGCAUUGAGGAUGGCAAACGGGUACCCAUACCGGAUGAUGAAACUUUAGCUGAAGAUGAGGAAUACGAAGAAUAUGAGGAUGCAAAUGAUGAGGAAGAGGAAGAGGAAGAAACGACCACGAACAAUGAACAAAACAAACCACAAACUCCCGUACCGAUCGUAACAUUACGCCCUGUUACACGCCCAGCUGGCUUGUUCAAUAAGCCACCAACCACAUUCUUAACUGCAUUGAGAGAAAAAGCUGCUGAACAUGAAGCAGACACUGAAGAAAACGUGGUUAGUGAGGACGAAAAUGAGGAGGAGGAGGACGAAGAGGACGAGGACGAAGAGGAGGAGGAAGCGGAAGCGGAAGAAGAUGGGUCAGAUGAUGAUACAAAACAAGCAACACCCAAAUUUAAUACACCUACAUACCGUCCAAAAGACAACCGCGUACCACCAGGUGCACGUCCAGCACUACCCACUACCUCUACACCAUCAUCCGGUAACGUGCCUUUCAAUAGCAGAUCCCGUCAGCCACCAGCCACCGUCGCGGAACGCACUAAUGGUAAUCGUUUCGGCACUUCUGCGCUCGGCAACGCGCGUGUCACGAACAGACCUCGUGUUGUGAAUCGGCCGCAAGGUGUCGUGCCACCAAAUUUACCACUGAAACCAAUUGCCACCACUUUCGAGCGUACCACACCGGUGGUACCGACAAAGCCGGCACCAUUCAUACCAACCAACACACGUUCAUAUGAACGCAAAUACACAGCCACCUCCACAGAGACACCGGAAACCGUUAGCGAUAAUUCACUUAUUGAAGAUUUAAAUAUCGAAGCACUAAAUGCACGCAAUAAAAAGAUUUUUGAUAUCAAUAGCAAAAAACACACUACCCUCAAACCGAAAAUUGCCAUAUCCGGCGCUAAACAAACACCAACAGAUCAACAACCAGAUACACAAGAUCACCUCAAACAAAACACUGAAACAGAAAACGAUGAUGAGUACACAGCAGAUGUGGGCGGUGGUGAACAGGGUUACAUAACCACAACACCACGCACAUCUGCCGCAAGCGACACGAACACUGAUUAUAAUGUCAAUGCUAAUGAAAUCUCUUCACAGGACAAUGGGUCAGUCGGUGAGCGUACGUCGUUUACGACACCGCAAACGCCGACCACGACACUAUUGCACGUAUUCACGCAAACGGAUGACGAGCAGACAAAUCGCACGCCCACCGAUAGCGCCAACCUAAUUGGACGACUGGUGCCCGAGAAGGCGCGUCCCAAGCACAAAGUGGUAGAGAUCAAUCGUAUUGUCGAGAUAACCUCGAAGGCUGACAAGCUGCGACGCAAAUCGAAAUCGAAUCAAGAAUUCUUCAAACCGAUUGGUGAGUCACAACUACAAGUCGAGUCUUUGCCACACUUAGAGCAGCUGGGCGAAAUUAGCGUGGUGAAAUUUGUGCAUUUGGUCGAUGGUAGUGACAUCUCUGUUGAUGGACACAGCACCGUAACUGAUUAUACACCUACAGAACCGACCAUAUCAGCGCCUGUAAGGAAUUCGUUGCCCGAGGGUGUGCAAUACUUUGUGCCACAGUAUGCCUAUUCUACGGAGAGUGCACAAGUGCGCACUACAUUGGAACAACGUAACGGUAAAGCACUGAUACCCGAAGUUAUACGCAGUGCGGUGGAGACCUCGACCAUCUCGUUGGAAGGCUUAUUCGAAGGUGGACGGCAAGGUAAAGAACUCAAUUCUCUAAAUAAUGUGUACUACAUAUACGGUACUGACGAAACAACAACUAGUACUGUUAACAUUAACGCGAACUUGAACGUAAAUGAAAACGAAACACAAAACAUUGAAAUCACCACACCAAGUACAAGUACGAGCACAAGUUCGGCUUUACCGACCGCCACGACUUUGUUAACGACAGAAACCACCUCCACAACCACAACUGCAAGCGCUUUGCCCCUUAUCCCGCAUAGCGAUAGUGUAAAUAACAUGCCUAACGAAGUCUCCACAAAUUUAGAAUCCACAACGAUUGUAGGUAAUACCGUGGCUGAAGCUGAGCACACAACAAAUAUGCCGUUAAUAGCAAACUCAACCACAAUUGAGUCAACUUUCAAGCAAUACAAUGCCACUUUAGCUGAAGUUAACAGUAAUCUCGUGGAAACAACUACAACCACAGCGGUAGUCACAGAUGAUACGGCGGUGAAAUCAAGUGCAUACGUAAGACCCGUUGUACCACUACCACUCUUACGUCCCGAAUCCAAUGAGUCCUCUCCCCUAGUCAUAACCAUAGCCAACCUCGACAAAGUCAUACUCAGUAAAGUAGAUCGCACAGGCUCAGCCGAAAAUAAGGCGGUGUCCACCACUACCAACACUGACCAAACCCAACAAAUACAAUUAACAGAACCCAAACCCGCUGACUCAAAUGCGGAAUACUCCAGUCGUUUCGCCUCCGUCGUUGAGGCACCCACCAAUCUCAUACACGACACAAGCACCAAAGCGCAACACACGGGCGUAAAUGUAUCUAAAACUCAAGCUACCAGUGUUGGUAAUAGUAGUGACAGUGACAGCACUGCAGGUUCUAGUGUUGGUAACAAUACUACGAGUAGCUUAAGUAGUGGCAGCAUAGUGAAAGAAGUGAUAAGCUUUAGCACCGAAACGCAUGUGGUGCGUAAAAAGAAAUCGCGUAAGCAUAGGGCGCGUAAAUUGCGAAAAUCCGCCGGUAAACGCAAGUCCACCACAGUGGCACCAACUGACGCGCCGGCCGCAACAGUGACCCAAAAGGUAGUCAGCAAUGAUGAGGGUUACCAAAGUAGAAGCACCAGCAACAGCACAAACGUUACAGAGUUGCCAACAACAACGCAAACGCUGAUAACGACGCCGCGCGUCCGCGUCAUACAAUUCCGCUUGCGCAGUGCCGUACUAACGCGUUUGUGUUCCAACGUCUUUCAGGUUCGCACACCGACUGCAACGACGAUUGUAACAGCCACGGCGCAGACGCGACGACCGGUGGUGAGCGUGCGCCGACGCAAGAUCAAUUCACCGAACGCUUCAUCAGGUAUAGCUUACCAGACGGCUACGACGUCGUUACAAACGAGCCAAACGUCGGUCGCAGCAACUACAACUACAACUACAGCUAACGCGGACGCCUCGACAAAAAGUGAUGAGCUGCUAAUAAUCACAACGGAAUUACCGACGACGACGACCUUUAAUAAACAACAAUUCCAACGUAAUCGUAAUAAACUGGUAACACCGGCCGUCACAGCAGCAACAACAACGGACGAUCUAACCGCACCAACAACUACUACAACACAACAAUUUACAGCAGCAGUAGCAGCAAUUACACUGAGCAACGCCAACAAUCAGAAGAGUUAUUUAAAUACGAAGUACAGAGCUAAGUUACCAGCAGCUAGUUUGUCAACGAUCAGCGCAUCUUUAGCAACGGAGAUACCAAAUGUCAAUGGGGCAGCAGAAGCGGCAGCAACAACAACAACAGCCAGCAAUGACAUCAUACAGCAAGCAAAUGUCAACACCAACGCCAACACUAAACAACCGUCGACUGUGUUGCGCAGAAAAUUCCAGACACGACGUCUCAUUACAACAACAACGACAAGUGCCACAGACGACAGCGCCACCGAACAACCACGCACACCCAAUCCACUCUUCAAACGCAGAUUUUCGCUUGCCGCCAAUCCUUCUGUCAGCGCUACAACUAUACUUGCGCCGGGUACAAACACUCCAGCCGACGCACUUACCACAACACUCUUCGUAGACGGUUUCGAUGCCGAGGACGCCAGCGAUCAAGUGGCCAAAUCGAGUGUGCAUACAAAUCAUUUCAAUCAAUUUGUGCAAAAUGCCGAAGAUAAUGAAGCGCAAAUACCACAACGCGCUUUAAGCAGCGGCAUCAAGGCCUCACCAUUGAAAUCGAAGCCGCAAACAGCAGUCACAACAACAACACAUGCGCCCCCAUCUGAGCCGCGACAGCCAUAUGUGGAAUCCAUCACUCGUCGUAUGGGCACUGUAGCUGCCACCACGGAGUUCACUGCAUCGAAGCGAAAGUCUGUUGGCAGCAAGCGAAGGCCACAGAAGUACACGCCCACUACGCCACAAACGUCAACAGAAAGUCUACCGUCGCGACUCGGGCAGUCUGCAAAAGAGACUGUGAACCGGCGACGGCCUAACAAAUUUGCCACCGGCGACACUUUUGAGCGACUAAAUGGCAAUCAGACGGCACCGGCAAAGCCAGCCACACACGUCAGCACGUCGAAAGCCAGUAGUCAUCGGCCGGUCGUCGACUAUGACUACUAUGACGAUGAAAAUGAGCGUGUUGUUGGCAAUACCGAAGGGCAACAGUUGAAAGUGAUUCUGCAUGGACGUGGCAUAAUCGAAUGCUUGGAUCAAGGUAAUUUCCCGCAUCCUUUAUCGUGCCGGAAAUUCAUAUCCUGUGCCAAAUUCGAGACAGGCGGUGUCGUGGGCUGGGAAUAUACUUGUCCGAAAGGCCUCAGUUAUGAUCCUGUCGGUGGCAUGUGCAAUUGGGCAGCCGGUCUCGGCUGUAAAGAGUAAUUGUUGGCGCCAAUAGCUGUUUGAAAUAUGAAAUUUUACAAGUGCAUACCCUAUAAAUACUGCUAGCAGCAUACUUACACACAAAUCAAUUUGCAAUCACUGUAUAAAUGCAAUAAAGAAUACUCAUUAAAGUAGCUCAUUGUGAGUUUGACGUCUGCGACAAAACUCAUACUCAUUCCAGUUUUUAAAACAACACGAA